AUGAGAAAACCUUUCAAUACUGGAAACUCUGUUAUCUCAAACUACUUAAUAUGGCAAGGUCACAUCCAACGAGUCGGCCAUGAACAUCUGGUCCUUGAAAAGGGUCAAGUAUUCCUGGUACUCUUCCUUGGUAGCCACCUUCUCAACGGCCUCGUCAAAGGUCAAAAGACACGCUUUUUCCAUCCACAGUUUGCGGGCAGUCUUGUAGUCCUCGCCAUUGCGCUGGGCCUUGACCAUUGCCUCGAUCAGUGGCUCGCAGUCUGGGUUCGUGACUCCCUGGACGUAGCCGUGGUCGCGCGGGUCGAUCACAGAGCUGAUGUACUCGGCGUGCAUGGAGUCUGCUCUGCCCAUCAACAAGGUUUCUGCUCCCAUGAGGUCGAGCUGGAACCGGGCAGCAGUGAGUCUUUUCAGGUACUCGCAAGUUGGAACAACAGUUCUUCCUUCGCCGAUGGUGAACCGUUUCAUUCCAAUAGCCAGGUCGUCCAGAUGGAACAUGGCCACGCCGGCCUCGACAAACUUCUUGGUGAACUUCAUGAUUCCCGUGGUGCUGCCGAAUCCCAUGUCUCCGUCUGCAAUCAAGGGAACCAAGUAGUCCACUUUUGGAGUGGCAGCACGUUGUUCAGGGGUCAUCAGCGACCGCAAAUGGUUCUGCCGUCUGUCGUGCCAGAGCUGCGAAUUGACCAGUUUCUGGACGGUGUUUGGAACGGUGUCCCACGGAUAGUCUGCCGUGUCCAUUGA